CGUCGCGUGCCCCAAUGGGAGGUGACUCGCGGCCGUCCCGUCAUGCAGCGCGCGCGCCUCCCUGCCCGGCCGGGCCGCUAAGAUGGCGACGCCCAUGCACCGCCUCAUCGCUCGCCGUCAGGCGGAAGCAAACAAGCAGCAUGUGAGAUGUCAAAAGUGUUUAGAGUUUGGACAUUGGACGUACGAAUGUACAGGGAAGAGAAAAUACCUGCACAGACCUUCGAGGACAGCUCAAUUAGCGAAAAUUCUUAAAGAAAAAGAAAAGCAACUAUUACUGCAACAAAGCACUGGAGAAAGUACCGUGGAAAGGAAGACCAAGAAAAAAAGAUCUAAAAGCGUGACCAGUUCCAGCAGCAGUAGCAGUUCCAGUUCGGCCAGUGAUUCCUCAUCCGACAGUGAAGAUUCUUCUACCUCUUCUUCUUCUGACGAUAGCGACAGCGAUGACAGCUCCUCUAGUUCCUCAUCUUCUCCAUCUUCGAGCAGUAGUUCCUCUUCUUCAGAGUUUGAAUCAGAUUCUAGUUCCUCCAGCAGUAGCAGCAGCAGCACAGACAGUAGUUCUGACGAUGAGCCACCAAAGAAGAAGAAGAAGAAAUAGUGAGGUGCAGCGUAGAACUGUCGCUUAGUGAAUGUUAACACUCUUCAAAGAUGGUUUGAGCACAGGGUUGCCAAACAGUUUAACUGGUCAACAUUUCUACUGCUAAAACUUUCUAGAUGUUUUGCAUAGUCGUUCCUAGGACUGGAGAGGUAUUAAAUGGCACGCGAGACUUGCUGACAGAGUAUUUUUGUGGUUUAUCCUUUUAUGGAAAAUUUUACUUUUUUAGUUCAAGAAUCUAUCAUCAGAUUUGUUUAUAUGAGCUGAGGUCCAGUGACCUGGAUGUUUACAUGCUGGAAAGCAAAAAAGCUUUUUAUUGCAGAUCAUGCUGUGCAUCGUAUGCUUCUACUCUUUUCAUGACAGCUUCACUUACAUUUAGAAAAUCCUCUAAGCGAUUAGAAGUCCAAGUUUUUCCCUGCUGGCUGUGGAGCGUUGUUAUUGCUGAAACCGAAUGCACAACGUUGCACGCAGAGGGCUUUUCGUCUCGCUGUUGACAGACGCGUUCUGUGCUGCUGAGCUCUUUUCCUGAUGCUUCCAAGCCGAGUCUUAACUGCAACAUAAAACUGACACUAGUGUUCAUUUGUUGAUGAUCCACACGCUACCUGUACUGUAGAGGCUUUAGUCUUUUCAGCUCGCCUGUUUCCUUAGCUCACGUUUGUGGUGUUUUCUGAGCCAGCGUGUCUCUUGCAGCAGUGGCUGGGUAAGAAGGAGGAGCGAUGCCCAGUGGAAGAAUUACGACUGAUGCUGCUUAGGAGUUUCAUCUUUGUGCCUUUUUUGUAAAUCAAAUGUAUCCUUGUGAGCAAAGGGCUUGAGUGGGUGUUUUUCUGAACUCCAUUAGCUUUCUGUACCGAAUGUGGUCAGUACAACCAGAGAAAUAGUAGUAACAAACACAAAUGGGCACUAUUUUCAAGGAGAUGGGGGGAAAAAAAGGCUGUUUUCGGUGGAUCUUCAGUAAGAAAAGGAGUUGCCUUUAAAUAGAGUUCCCAAAGGAAAGUGUUUCCCUUUGAUAUUUCUGCAGAAAGCUGUUGUGUCAUGCCAGGUGACCGAUCCGCCUCGCUGGGUGCCCAGUGACUGCCAUUAGCCUGCAGCAUGAUCAGUGCAGUGCUCGUGUGUCCCAGCGUGUCCCUGUCCGUGCGGAACCGGCAUGGGAGCAGCAAGGUCAUGUGGAAAAAAGAGAAACUCAGCAAAAGCAAAAUCCAAACGGACUGCAGAGCAGUUCUUGCUGGUUGCACCUUGAGGGUUAUUUGUUCUGUUGGUGAACUGAAGCAGGUGGCAUUAGUAUUUUCAUUUGUGAUGCGUUCUUUUAGGUUUCUUAUCGUUGGAGCGCCCUUUUUGGGGAGAGGGCAUCACAUGUGGAAGAAUUCUUAAAUAUCUUUAAGGUUUAGGUAAAAUAUAGUAACUAAACUAUUUUUUAUAUUUUUAUGGAGAGAGUAGCGUGUAGAAUUACUUUUGAAUAAACUGUGUUUAUUUAAAUGUUCAAAAAUAUGUACGUUGUGUGUUUUAGUCCGUAAUCCUCGCUGUGUUUCACGGAACACUCCGCAGGCUGUAAAUAAAAUUACCAGAAAAGCGCUUAAGUCUUCUUGA